AGCUCGGAAGCCACUUGAGGUCAGCAAAAGCAUCCUGGAGAUCUGGAGAAGGGCAACAGAGUUGAUCCUGGCAGGCAGGGAAGGCGAUAGAUUUCAAAAUGCCAACCCAGGAGUCUUUUGGGAGUUACCAGGAUGAGACUAAAACAGGGCAAGAUUUUACAUGGGUGGUGAAGGCUAAUGACCGGGCUUAUCAUGCACAAAUUCGAAAGAGGCAUAUCUGGUGUUUGAAGAAGAAAAAAUAUGCAGACAAUGCCAUUAAGACAUCUAAGUACAACGUUUUCACUUUUCUCCCUCUCAACUUGUAUGAACAGUUUCACCAGAUAGCUAAUCUAUACUUCUUGUUCAUCAUUCUUUUGCAGACCAUCCCACAGAUCUCCACACUGCCUUGGUUCGCACUCCUCCUUCCCCUUGCUAUCUUGUUGUCCAUCAGAGGCAUCCGCGACUUAAUUGAUGAUGUUGCACGGCACCGAAGUGAUGGGGAAAUCAACAACCGACCUUGUGAGAUCUUGACAGGGAGAAGUUUCAGCAAACAGAAAUGGAGUGAUAUACAAGUGGGUGAUAUUGUUUGCCUUCACAAGGACAGCUUGGUACCGGCUGACCUCCUCUUACUCUCCAGUUCAGAGCCAAACAGCCUCUGCUACGUGGAGACCAUGGACAUAGAUGGAGAGACCAACCUAAAAUACAGACAAGCUCUCCUGGUCACGCAUGAGCAGCUGAUCUGCAAGGAGAACAUGGCUGCCUUUGACGGAGUGGUGGUCUGCGAAGAGCCAAACAGCCGGUUACAUACCUUUGUCGGCACCCUGGAAUGGCACGGAGAGAAAUACUCUCUGGAUAGUGAGAAAAUCCUGCUGCGUGGCUGCAGAAUACGUAACACAGAGGUCUGCUAUGGCCUUGUUAUUUAUGCAGGUUUCAAUACCAAAAUCAUGAAAAACUGUGGGAAGAUCAAGUUAAAAAAAACAAAACUCAGCCGUCUGAUGGAUCGUCUCGUGCUAAUGAUCACAGUGAGUCUCCUUCUGAUCUCCUUCAGCCUUGCCAUUGGCUCGGGGAUAUGGGCCACCAAGUUCCUCCAGGAGCACAGCUACCUUUUUGUCUUCUACAGCCACACCAGUGCAGUCAGCUAUGCAUUCUUUGCAUUCUGGGGAUUCCUUAUCCUCCUCAGCCUGGUCAUCCCCAUGUCCAUGCUCAUCACGUUAGAAUUUAUCUACCUGGUCAACAGCUGCUUCAUCAACUGGGACAUGGAAAUGUAUUAUGCAGUAAAGGACACACCUGCCAAAGCUCGGAGUACAAGUCUGAAUGACCAGUUGGGGCAGAUAGAAUAUAUCUUCUCAGACAAAACAGGCACUUUGACUCAGAACAUCAUGACUUUCAAGAAAUGUUGUAUCAAUGGAACCAUCUAUGGUAAUGAUUCUGAGUUGUGGACCUUAACCAAAGAGAAUGUCCCACCCCUCUGGAACAAAUACCUAGACAAGAAAUUGGAGUUUCACAAUCAGCUGCUUUUGGAUACUAUCCGGCAGGACCAGGACACAGUAGCGAGGGAAUACAUGCGGCUGCUUGCCCUGUGUCACACCGUCAUGGUGGAAGAGAAAGAAAGUGAGUGGACUAGUGAGCUUGUUUACCAAGCAGCUUCGCCAGAUGAAGAAGCCCUGGUGACAGCCGCCAGAAACCUGGGUUACGUCUUUCUCUCCCGGACCCAAGAUACCAUCACUAUAAGUGAGCUGGGUGUACAACGGACUUACAAGGUGCUGGCAUUGCUAGACUUCAACAGUGUACGGAAACGGAUGUCUGUUUUGGUGCAAGACCCUGAAGGCUGUAUCAAGCUUUACACCAAAGGGGCAGAUACCGUGGUCCUAGAAAGACUCCACAAUGACGGGACCAAUGAGGGCUGCACCAUCAAGGCACUGGAUAGUUUUGCAGCAGAGACCUUAAGGACUUUGUGCCUGGCUAUGAAAGAGGUGGAUCAACAGGAGUACGCCCUCUGGAGCAAGAGACACCAUGCUGCUAGCGUCUUAUUACAGGGCCGGGCCCAAGCGUUGGACACAGUAUAUGAGGAGAUUGAGCAGAAUCUCAAGCUUCUGGGUGCCACAGCCAUAGAAGACAAACUACAAGAAGGGGUCCCUGAGACCAUUCAUCUGCUCAAAAGGGGGAACAUCAAAGUGUGGGUGCUAACUGGAGAUAAGCAAGAAACUGCAGUCAAUAUUGGAUUUGCUUGCCAACUCCUUUCAGCAGACAUGACCAUUCUGGAGGAAAGCGAAAUCAGUGAGAUUCUUGAACCACCUUGGUACAGCAGCAACAGUUUGGCUGGCAGUGGUGAAGUCCUUUGCAACACCAGCUCUUUUCCGCCUUUCCAAGCAUCCUCAACGCAUGGCAAAAAAGCACUGGUGGUCACUGGGGAUUUCCUUGAUAAAAUCUUUCACAUGGAGGAGGACAAGAAAGCAAAGAAGAAGGAAGGCCUUUUGGAAUACUUGGGCUUUCAGAGAGCAGACACCAGCAAGGACCACAGGAACCACACUGAAAAAGCAUUUGUGGAACUGGCCACCACCUGCCAAGCUGUGAUCUGCUGCAGGGUCACGCCCAAGCAGAAAGCCCUUAUUGUGCAGAUGGUGAAGAGACACAAGAACCCCAUCUCCUUGGCCAUUGGAGAUGGGGCCAAUGAUGUCAACAUGAUUAAAACUGCAGACAUAGGGGUUGGAAUCAGUGGGCAAGAGGGAAUGCAAGCGGUGCAGUGCAGUGAUUAUGCGCUGGCUCAGUUCUGCUAUCUGCAGAGGCUCCUCUUCGUCCAUGGCAAGUGGUCCUACCUCCGGAUCUGCAAAUUUCUCCGCUACUUCUUCUUCAAGACGUUUGCUGGCAUGAUGGUGCAAAUCUGGUUUGCUUUCUAUACAGGCUUCACAGCACAGCCUCUGCUGGAGGGCUGGUUCCUUGCCCUUUAUAAUGUUUUCUACACAUCGUACCCAGUACUGUGUUUGGGCUUGUUUGAACAGGAUGUGAAUGCCAAGAAAAGUCUGCAGUUCCCUGAGUUGUACAAGGCAGGCCAGAAAGACCUCUUCUUCAAUUUUCGGACAUUCUUUCUGUCCUUUGUCCAUGGGUCUCUUGUCUCUUUGGUCAACUUCUACAUCACCAUGUGGGCCAUGGGGGACAGAGCUGGCAUCCAGGUCAUUGGUGAUUAUCAGUCCUUUGCUAUGACUAUUGCAACCUCCGCCAUCUUAACCGUCAUUGCUGAGGUGAGUGUGCUUAUCAAAUUCUGGACAUUCUUCUCUGCUCUGGCCAUCUUGCUCAGCCUUGUGCUUUACUGCCUUUUCACGUACAUCACUCAAAACUUCCAAGCCUUUAGAGCUGCUCCCCUGAUUUUCUCCUUUCCUGAGGCCACCAGGAAUGCUCUGUCUGACCCGACUGCUUUGCUUGUCAUCUUGCUUUGUGUUGUGGUGAACACUGUCCCCUCCCUCGCUGUCCGUUUUGUGCGCAGCAUCACCAGCCCCCCAACUCUGUCAGAGUAUGGGAGCUGUAGUUCAGGAAGGCUGGUACAUACAUUAUACAAUGAUCCAUCAUCCUUCUUCCUUUUCUUUCAGACGUUGCAAGUCCAGGAGAUGCAGAAGAAGCAGACAACCGUGGAGCUGAUGUCUCAUGCCAGCAGGAAUUCACUCCAGAGGCAUUCCAGCUACGCCUUUUCCCACAAGGAAGGGUACGCUGACCUCAUCUCCCGGGGAGCCAGUCUACGGAUCAAGGGUGUCCGUGUCCGCAGCCAACUGAAUGGCUUUUGCAGCACCCACCUCCCUGGAAAAGACAGCCCACUGCCAACCGAAAUCAACACUGCCCCUAAAGAGGCUUCUGCAGAGCAGAAGGUCCAACUCUCUUGAAGGAGACAAAGCUGCCAACCUAUCACUGAUAACAGGAAUGGCCACUGCUGGGCCUUUAUUCCCUGCCCUGCACAGGGAUGACUUUUGCCCUGAACGCCAUGAUUUCUUCCUGAAACUGAGGACUGCCCUUGGCAGAAGUUUUCGACAGACAGUGUCUGAUUGUAGUUUGUAAAAUUCUGAAUUCAAACCCUAGAGACACCUGUCUCAGACUUCAUCGUUCAGAUGUUCUCAUCCUUUUUUUCCUGCCAGUAUCUGAAGGUUUACUUCUAUUUUGUGCAAUAAUCUUGUGAGUGAUAACCUACUUUGGCUAGGUUUACCUAGAGAUGGUGGGCAGUCUGUGUCUACCGGUAGGCCCGUGUGAUCCUAGCAAAACAGUAUUUGCUCCGGGUUCACAUCUGGAGGGCUUUGCAGAUCUCAAUCUGAGGUCGCCUCCCCUAGACAGCCCCUGAAGUCUCUGCACUGUGCAGGGUAGCUCCUGGUAAAGGAAAAAUCCUUGCUUGCAGAAAGCCACCAUCUCUGAUGGUGAAGAUGUUACGGAAAGAGCAGAUAGUAAGUGCUCAAAGAAAGGCAUACUAUACUUCUCUUUCACUGUCACUUGAAAUGUGGUUCAGGUAUAUGUGCCUGGCUGUCAAACUGAUUUGCAAAGCCAAGUCCGUUGUGCCAAAAAGAAAG